UGGAUCUUGUGGUACUGAAUCUGUUCUUUCCAUAGGUGGCCCUGGUGGAAGCCUAAUGUACUCCGGAGGAUUAGAGGACGUACCAGGCUGAACAUUACUUGGAGAUGCAGGUGGAUAUGAAGGUGGAUAUGAAGGUUUAGGUUGAUGUGGAUAUAGAUGUUGAGGUUGUUGUUGAGGUGGAUAUGGAUGUUGAGGUUGUUUUUGAGGUGGAUAUGGAUGUUGAGGUUGUUGUUGAGGUGGAUAUGGAUGUUGAGGUUGUUUUUGAGGUGGAUAUGGAUGUUGAGGUUGUUUUUGAGGUGGAUAUGGAUGUUGAGGUUGUUUUUGAGGUGGAUAUGGAUGUUGAGGUUGUUGUUGAGGUGAAUAUGGAUGUUGAGGUUGUUUUUGAGGUGAAUAUGGAUGUUGAGGUUGUUUUUGAGGUGGAUAUGGAUGUUGAGGUUGUUGUUGAGGUGGAUAUGGAUGUUGAGGUUGUUGUUGAGGUGGAUAUGGAUGUUGAGAUUGUUGUUGAGGUGAAUAUGGAUGUUGAGGUUGUUGUUGAGGUGGAUAUGGAUGUUGAGGUUGUUUUUGAGGUGGAUAUGGAUGUUGAGGUUGAUAUGGAGAUGGAUAUUGAGAUAGAUAUUGAGGUGGAUAUGGAUGUUGAGGUUGAUGUUGAGAUUGAGGUUGAGAUUCAGGUCCUGGCUCAGUGGAUUUCAUAGACUCAUCCCUAUCAGGAGAUCCAUGUCGUAACUCAAAUUCAUAUUCAGAUUCAGGUCGAGAACUACAUGGAGGUCUAUAGUUGGGAUCUUCAUCAAAGUACAUUUUCAGAGGAGAUAGAGUUCGAAUAUCAACA